GAGUAGUCUCGCGAUUGAUUCUAGGAAAAUACAGAACCGCAUAUUCUCUAACCUCUAGUCCAUCAUUAUCGCUAAUUGAGUCCUUUGCCUACACCAGGUCUUUCCAUACUCCUCGUCGAAAAUGGAUACCUAAGAAGAAUCCUAAGAAAAAGCCUCCUAAAAGGACUGUCGCGGAUGAAUUCGCUAGCGAGUGGCCAGAAAUUCCAGCAGAUAAUACCGAUCUCAAUACUAAUAAUUUUCUAAAUCCGGACUCAUUCUACGCCUGGAUGAUGGGGGGAGAGCAAGAGGAAGAGCAGAAGCAGAAGCAAAUAUCCAAUCAGAAAAAUGAUCGCGGGAAAAGACCCCGUCCUCAAGAGGCGGCGUCUGGACAGCGAAACAUGAAGAGAGAAAAUAAGAAGAGCCAGAAGAAGGCCCGUAAGAGGGAGAGAGACAUGACCACUGGCUCUGCCGAGGAGGUCUUAGCUGUGGAUAUACAGAAGCUUACCGAGUCCCUGAAUCGGGACGACGAUGGAAACAACGAAGCGAACGGAACGUUACCUGAGAAUCUACCGGAAGAAGGUUCCGAAAUCGAAGUGGACAUCGUCGAGCUUGCGUCGACAGGAGAAGGGUUGGCCUUGCAGAAAGGCUCCAAGAGGAUCUACCUCGUGCCAUUCGCAGUCCCAGGUGACACCGUCAAGGUGAAGGUAUACCGCCACAUGCAAGAGGGGUACACCGUCGCGGACUUCAUCUCAGUCGUGAAACCAGCGCCAUCUCGCGACGACAGUCGCAUCCAGUGUAAAUACUUCGCCACUUGCGCCGGAUGCCAGUUCCAGAUGCUCGACUACGACGAACAGUUACGGAUAAAGAAGCGCAUCGUCGAGAAGGCCUUCCAGAACUUCUCGCAGCUGCCUCCCGAGCUCGUCCCCGCCGUCCAGGACACCAUCGGCAGCCCGCUGCAGUACGGCUAUCGCACCAAACUGACCCCGCAUUUCGACGGCCCCCAGGGCUGGCGCAAGACUCAGGUGCCUUUUAAGGAACGCCCUCCCAUAGGCUUUAUGCCCAAGGGCAAGCGAACCACGAUAGAUAUCGAAGACUGCCCCAUAGGCACAGACGCCGUGCGGCUUGGCAUGAGGAGCGAGCGAGCGCGUAUGGCCAGGGAAUACGGCAAUUACACGCGCGGCGCGACGAUCCUUCUUCGAGAAAGCACGCAGCGCAUUCCCAAGAAGCAAGCGGGGACCCCAUCAUCGCCCAAAGAAUCCGCAGAAGGAGAAGCCCCACGCUCCCGCUCCCCCUCGAUCCCACCCCCUGACGCCGAUUCGAUCUGCGUCGAAACAGACACGUACACCGAUAUAAAAACCUGCAUAACAGACAACAACGCCGUAUCAACCGAAUACGUCGGGCCCUACGUCUUCCACAACCUAGCCGGCCAGUUCUUCCAGAACAACAACUCGAUCCUCCCCCUCGUCACCUCCUACAUCCGCUCCAACAUCCUACCCCCCGACACUUCUUCUUCUUCUUCUUCCUCCUCCUCCUCUUCAGGCCCGCCCAUCACGCGCCUCAUCGACGCGUACUCCGGCUCGGGCCUCUUCACCAUCACCCUGUCGCCGCUGAUCUCCGGCGGCAGCGUCGGCAUCGACAUCGCCGACGCCAGCAUAGCGUACGCCUCGCGCAACGCGCGCGCGAAUAAGCUGUCCCCGGACCGCGCCCGCUUCGUCGCCGCCGACGCCAAGGAGCUCUUCAUCCCCGCCGUCCGCGCCAGGUACCCCGCCGACGAGACCGUCGUCGUGCUCGACCCGCCUCGCAAGGGGUGCGAUGUCGAUUUCCUUGGCCAGCUACUGGAUUUCGGGCCCCGGCGUGUUGUUUAUGUUAGCUGUAAUGUGCAUACGCAGGCCCGGGACGUGGGGAUCCUGGUUCGUGGCGAGGUUGAUGUUGAUAUGGGCGGCGUGGGGGAUGGGGAAGAAGGUGGUAGUGGUGGUUUGGGCGCGAAGGGUACGGCGGGCAAGAAGAAGACGAGGUACGCAAUCGAGAGUCUGCGAGGUUUCGACUUCUUCCCGCAGACGAGCCAUGUGGAGGGUGUUUGCGUUUUGAACCGGAUUGAUGAGUAGAUACCUAGGUAGGUAGGCUACGAUCUAUGAAAUUACACUACGUAGGUGAGCUAAGUCUCCGCUCUUCGGGUCGAUACAGGAAGGAUGGAUGUACUACAGAAAAAUUGGGUUACAAGGAAUACAUACGUAGCUUAGGGCAAUGAACAAACGUCACGUUACGCGAUGUACAUAUAAAUUGGCGCGGGAGGAAGUCGUAGAAAAGGAUCACGAUGAACUGCCAUAGCUACUAA